UGGGAAGCAUGCAGAUUCGCUGCCACACUUCGCCGUGCGAUCUUCAAAGAACACCUUGGUUUGAUAGACGAGACGGAUCAUGAAAGUGUAAAUCAUGAAUCUUUCCCACCAUCAAUUAAAGACAACAUUUAUACUUAUCAGAAAUUUGGUUAUGCGGACAGGAUUGUUGAGGACCCCGUUUCCAACAAAUUUUAUCACGAUCAUUGGUUACGCAUUGCUAAUGUCAACACCGAUGUUUUUCGAAAUGUUUUUCACUGCAUUCCUGAUGAUUCGGUUACCAACUGGGAUGAAUAUAAAAUGUUUAUUCCCAAUCAUUCAAAAAUACCGGUUGGUCAUAUUUGCGAGGAAGCAAGAGAAAAUUAUUCCAAGGCCAAGGCAGAAUUGUCAAAGAUCAAAGGUCACUUGGUCUUGUUCCCAUUAGAAUUUAUGAAUAGG